AUGAUUUGGAUUCAUCUCUUAGCCUGCGUAUACCUGUCGUCGAACUUUCUGUUGCUAAAGGUUGCUGGUUCGGGGCUAUUCGAGCUGGAGUUGCGCUACUUUCAGAAUGAGAAGAGCAUCGACCACAAUGAAAAGUGCUGUUCCGGGAAAGCGGAUGCGUUUGGGCGGUGCAUCGGUACAUGCAAAACACGGUUUCGGGCUUGCCUAAAACACUACCAAGCGACCAUCGAUACGACCUCACCAUGCACCUUCGGUGAUGUUAUUACCCCUGUUCUCGAGGGAACGUCCCUCAAUUUCUCAGCAAUCACCGGCACGGCUAACGGAUUCGACAACCCAUUACGGUUUCCUUUCGAGUUUGGAUGGCCGGGCUAUUUCACGCUCAUCAUAGAAGCAUGGCACGACACAAACGAAACCACAACCCGAUCGCCUGGCACACUUAUUUCCCGACUCUCCAUUCAACGGAUACUGGAUGUUUCGACGGACUGGAUGGAAGACAGUUACAAUUCAUCGCACACGAUGAUACGGUACGCGUUCCGGGUGACCUGCGAUCCGAAUUACUACGGUGCAGGUUGUGCCAAUUUGUGCCGCAAGCGAGACGAUCAAUUUGGUCAUUACACCUGCUCACCGAACGGUGAGCGUGUGUGCCUGUCCGGUUGGCAGGGUGAAUACUGUACCUUUGCACGAUGCACUCCUGGCUGUCUUCAUGGGCAUUGCAGCAAACCGAACGAAUGCAUAUGUCAAUCCGGAUGGAAGGGACCGCUGUGCGAUGAGUGCGAACCCUAUCCUGGUUGUGUGUACGGAACGUGCAAGAAACCCUGGGAGUGCCUUUGCAAGGAAGGUUGGGGCGGCCUGUUCUGCAACCAGGAUUUGAACUUCUGCACCAAUCACAAGCCGUGCCGGAACGAAGGCACCUGUUUCAACACCGGUCAAGGUUCCUACACGUGCCAAUGCCGUCCCGGAUUCACCGGCACAGAUUGCGAGUCGAAUAUGACGAGCUGCAAUGAUCAGCCGUGUCUGCACGGUGCCACCUGCCUACCGGCGGCAAACGACGAAAGUGGAUCGGUGGGUUUCGCGAGUGAUCGAAAGUAUCGUUGUAUGUGUGCGACCGGUUGGGGCGGACCGCACUGCGAGCGAGAAACGGUGACAUGUGCUGAAAAACCAUGCCACCAUGGAACAUGCAUCGAUACCGCGUCCGACCUGGCAUCGGCAACGAGUGCGGGGAGUGCUGCUGUAGCCGCGAGUUUUCGAUGCGAUUGCCCGUCUGGUUACAGUGGGACAGCUUGUGAGAUUAAAUCCGGUGAGUGCCAUUCGAAUUUCUGCGAAAACGGAGGCACCUGCCACGUGGCCGGCCUAGCUUCUACAACGGCACAAGUCUCGAUUCUGCUUGAGUUGAACGAUGGUGGAAGUGACGGUGGAAGGACGCUGAUGUGCCUCUGCCCCGAUGGUUUCGUCGGUGAUCGGUGUGAGGAGAACGUGGACGAAUGCGUUGGCAACCCGUGCUUGAACGGAGGCACGUGCCUCGAUGCGGAUAACCAGUUCAAGUGUCAGUGUGUUCCGGGGUUUAUCGGGACGCACUGCGAAGAGCGAGUUGAUCUGUGCCUUACGAAACCGUGCGCCAACGGAGGAAUGUGCACGAAUCUCAACAACGACUACCGAUGCCAGUGUCGCCCUGGGUUCGCAGGCAAAGAUUGCAGUGCCGAUGUAGAUGAAUGUAGUUCGUCACCCUGUCGAAACGGCGGCACGUGUAUCAACCGAGUGAACAACUUUCAAUGUGUUUGUGCUGGUGGCUUCCGUGGCACAACGUGUGAAUCGGAACCAGCCAGCGGUGCCGUUCAGCGAGCCGUCAGCGGUUUAAGUGGCAGCAGCCCGGCGGACACGCUGGUCCAGCAUGAUCAUCACCAUUCACAACAGCAGCUGCGCCGUGGAAGCGACACUAUAGUGGCAGGCGGUAGCCGUACCGUCGACGGCUUGAGCAACGGUCAGAUCAUAAUGAUUGCCAUGUUGUCCAUCGCGACACCGCUGGCGGCGUUUAUUGCAACCGCGGUCGUGAUUUGCUUAAAGCGUAAGCGACAACGGGAGCAGGAAAAGGAUGACGCGGAAGCGCGCAAACAGAACGAACAGAAUGCAUCGCACAAUAUUUCUACCACACAUCACCAUCAUCAUCAACAUUUGUUGCUGCAGCAGCAACAGCAGUCGCUGCAGUCACCUUCGCAAUCCCAUCAAACACAUCACCAUCAGCAACAGCAACAGCACACACAACAGCAGCAACAGCAGCAACAGCAGCAACAACAGCAGCAGCAACAGUAUACAUCUUUUCAUAACCACAAUUUGACACACCAUGCGCCGUCAGCAAGUCAGAAGCGCAACAGCAGUAACACGCUUUCCAGCUUCGACAGCUCGCACCAUAUGAUCAAAAACACUUGGGAUAAGAGCAUAAACAAUAUGCCUUCCUCAGCGGCUACCACCGUUUCCUCGCUAGGGACGGGACCCGCAUCUACCAACACAGGGGUUGUUGGUAGCGGUAGCGUCGGUGGAAGCAUUGGAUCACCUUCGUUGCUUCUAGGAAGCAAUACCAUGGAUGACAGCUGCCUUGUCGGUACCGGCGUGAGCGGCGGUGCCACCAACAGUAGUACCUUGCUAUACCUGAGCGCCGAGGAUCCAUCACUGAUCGCGUCGGCAUUACCAACAUUACAACGUGCCAAAUCGCAGAAGCAACUCAAUACGGAUCCCUCCUUGCUGCAGCAUCACAGCAACCACGGCAUGCUGCUCGUUCAGUCGCAGGGAUCGUCGAACGCAUCAACGACAGCCGGCACCGUUGCAGCGACGGUAUCGACCAAAGCGUCCUGCGCAGGUGCUUCGGCUGCCUCCAGCCCCCUUGCUGGUGUGGGGAGCUGUAACGCGAAAGAGGUAUUUGAUAAACGAAUAUCAGUUUUAUCGGAGAGUCGUCUGUGUCCAACGCGGUGGAAUACCCCCGUGGCCGGUAGUCAUUCGCUCGUGGGGCCUUGCAGCCCUCCCCACAUUUGAGUCCUCAUCUCUUUUCCGUUUUUAAUUGUAGUCGUUAGAAUGCUACCGU